CUUUAUAUAACCUAUCUUUAUGUAAUAACAUUAAACUUAAGUCCUCAGAAGAUGUGGACUACACGCUGUCAACAAUUUACUUUAGUAGGAUAAGUAUACAAGGGCAGAUUUUGAAAAUCUAGCAAAUGAAAUCAAAUAACAAACAAAAUAAUCUCAUUGUACUUACUAUCUUGGAAAUUAUGAUAUCAAUGUAAUAGAAAAAGCUUUACUCAAAGAAAACUUAGAAUUAAUGUGGAUUAAUCAGACAUAAACAAUAGACAUUGAACUAUUACGAGACCAAUAAGUAUAUGGGCUCUUGAUUAAUGUAAUAAAAGAGAAAUCACUUAUUGAGAGAAUAUGUUCAUGGGAUCCGAGACAUUGGAUUUCUAUUAGAAAAAUUGUUAAUGCUAAUAAUUAAUUAGAGUUUUAUUAUCAUGACUCAUAAGAGAGUGUUUAUAGACAUGAAAAGGAUGAAAAGAAAAUGAUUUAAAUGCUAAUAGACUUUUAAAAAAAUAAGGACAACUGUUUAUUAUUAGUAAAAAGGAAAAUUAAUUGA